GCAAUAGAGCUGGAAGCGGCGCGCCCUCUGAGCUGAGUGAGUGAAGGACGACCCCAGAGCAAGCCGAUUGAUGCAGCGGCUCCCAACUUUAAUCCCAGCAGCUCCCAAAGUAGGAUUCUUGCUCGCAAGACCCUGCAGCUCAGAGGGGACGUUGGUGAAGAGGCGCUGGUGCUGGCGCGCUUCCAUGGGGGACGAAGGGAACCGCAGCAUCCACUCGGACAGCAUCCCCACGACCCACCGGGUCCCCAUGCGGGUCAUCAUCCGGCCCAUCCCGCCCGUCCUGGAGGAGCGCAAAGUGGAGAGCCUCAUGCGGACCAUCCAGGAGGACGCUGACCGAGUGCCCCCGAUCGAUGUCCUCUGGGUUAAAGGCAGCCAGGGGGGUGACUAUUUCUACUCCUUCGGAGGGUGCCACCGAUACGAGGCCUACAAACGCCUGAACAAGGAGAGCAUCCCGGCCAAAAUCGUCCGCUCGACUCUCAGGGACCUGCGCACCUAUCUGGGCUCCUCCCUACCUGACCUGAAAUAGCAGAGUGG